AUGCAUCGCGUGAAAUCGGAGUCGCGCUAGUAGAGGUUCGGAAGAACGGCGGAUCGCUAUCAAUCGCUAUGCCUAGAAUAAGCCUGGCGAAGAGGCUCAUUUCUUAACGCUCGUCCGUGCUCGUCGACGCAUCGCAACGGGGUGGAAGCCACGGUGGUGGAAAAGGGGUUGGCGCCUCCCACGUCGAGGAUAAGGUCAAGCUUUGUCGAGCUUUCCUCCGAGAUGGGCCGACGCGCCCCACCCCGAGCCACUUGGUGAAUUUCUCGCCCUGACACGCUCGAACCAUUUUUUUUUUGUUUUUUCGCGCGCGAAAAUAAUAGGGGCAACAUCCUCUCUAGGGGCAAUAUAUACGAGCGAUCAAGGAACUGUCAUAACUUACGAGAGAUGUUAGAGGCGUAAUUGAACGUUUAUGGGCGCUCGAACUAAUAUGACGGAAGAACGGCCGAAUUUAAUGUUCGGUCCUUUACGAGUUUUAUUCAGCAAAAGCAUGUACGCGCUGCAAAUGCAAACUGCUUGCCAAGGGGAGGGUAGCGGGGAACCCGAAGAUUCCAGUAGUCUACAACAAGAGCCGGCUAGGCCGGCGACUCAAGAUUGUAGCUCCUUCGAUAUCGUUAGAGCUACGCAGUAUGGAGCAUUGGACCGUGUCACGGAACUGGUGGAAGCGGGAGCAGACGUGAAUCAACCGGAUUCCGAGACGGUUACAUUAUUGCACUGGGCUGCGAUAAAUAAUCGUAGGGAAAUUGUUAAGUAUCUGAUCGCCAAAGGAGCCGUCGUCGAUGCGAUCGGUGGGGAAUUGGCUUCGACGCCUCUCCACUGGGCUACGAGGCAAGGUCAUUUAUCCACGGUUGUGAUAUUAAUGAGAGCAGGAGCUGACCCAACGCUCAGAGACUCUGAGGGCUUUUCCUGCAUACAUUUGGCAGCACAAUUUGGCCACACGGCCAUAGUAGCAUAUCUAGUCGCAAAAGGAGUGAAUCCAAACAUGCCUGAUAGAAGUGCCAUGACCCCGCUCAUGUGGAGCGCUUACAAAGUUAACAGUUUGGAUCCUACUCGUCUCCUGUUAACUCUGGGUGCAUCGCACUCCCUCACAGACAAUCUGCACGGGAAUACGGCACUACAUUGGGCGAUUAUAGCAAAAAAUCACACAGCAAUAUCUACGUUAAUUCAACACGGAGCAGCUCUGGACGUUCCAAACUUCCAGAACGAAACUCCGCAGACUUUGCUCAGUCCUCACAUCGGAGCUGCUUGGCUCGGACACAAAGUCAGCCAAGAAAUUAGAGAGAAGCAGGGCAGAACGAGAGCAUGGUGUAGAGAUAAGAGAGUCCGGUGGUACUGCAUGGUUAGCACCCCAUUCAUCCUGUUUUACCUGAUCGGCAUGGUUUUCCAGAGUGGAUUGGAUUAUCUUAUGAAACUAGGUGCCUUCCUCACUCUGUACAUAGCAGUUUACUUAGCGAAGCAUUUCCUCUAUGACGAAAGACUGUUCCACGUCCUGCCCAUGUCCAUCUACCUGGCGACUAAGAUGUGGAUAUACGUGACAUGGAUAUUUUGGCUAGGCGUGCACGCGGCCUGGUAUUUGUGGCUGCUUUUGGUCAGCGGUUCCGUUCCUCUGUGGAUCUGUUUCCUGCAAUCUUGGCGUGGAGAUCCUGGGGUGAUAACGGCCACCCAGGAGGACAAAUUGAACACGAUAAUAGAGCUGGCCGAGUCGGGCGGCUUCGAGCCGCAGUGGUUCUGCAGCAGCUGCUUAGUCAGAAGGCCGAUCCGCUCGAAGCAUUGUUCCACCUGCGACCGCUGCGUGGCGCGAUUCGACCACCACUGUCCCUGGGUAAAUAAUUGUAUCGGGGCGCACAAUCACAGGUACUUCCUCGGCUUCCUCGCGUCCUUGCUUGGCCUCUGCAUCGUCGUCCUGUCGGCCAGUGUCCAGUAUUGGCAAUUCGAGUGCUGGACUAACUUGACCAGUGGUCACAGCGCAGGCAAUUACCUGGUCGCAGCUGCUACCUGCGAUGCGUGGGUGGUGUGGGUCGCAGCGAACACCGCACUCCACUCCUUCUGGGUGAACACCCUUUUGGCGUGCCAGUGCUACCAGGUGAGUCGUAACUUGUCGAGAAAUUAUUUACAGAUUGGUAAAUCGUCACCCUUAUCACAUAUUAUCAACAUAUCCAUCUUCCCCUUAGAUCAUGGUACUGGGCAUGACGACGAACGAGCGCAUGAACGCUGGCCGUUACAAGCACUUCAAACAGGGCAAUCCCUUCCAUCGAGGGGCUCUUCAGAAUGCUGCCGACUUCUGCAACUGCAGUUUCUGCGGCCUAAAGGCGAAGCCCAGCUCCGACUGGCUGCACAGCUUCGACAUCAAGCAGAGCGUCGAGAAGUUGCCUCUCCUAGCUGCGAAGGACAACUUCCAGUACGUCUAGGAAAUCUCCAAAUCCGAGUUUCGGCGUCUCCUUGGACUUGGACCGAAGCGAUGCUACUGCUUCAUCAGUGGGCCGCUUCAGGGGGGACGAUUUGUCCCGAACCCUGUAAAAAAUGCAUCGGGUUAGUGGAAGGCGGAUUAAUGUUAACGCGAGAGAUAACUCGGAUAGUUCUCCGUUGACCAGAAUUAACACAGGGUGGGAUGUCGUUUCCACCCUUUGGGAUUUCUAUAGCCAUCAGAAGCUGACACCAUAUCACGCAUGCCUCUGAUAACGGGUCGUUACGUCUUGAGGAACAUGGCAGGACAAUAAUUACUGAGGCAAUUAAUUGCAACCGGUGAUUGGUCGUCUACUGAUGGGAGGCAAUUCGGGGAUCAUGUAUUAUUUUUUUUUUUUUCUUUUCUUUUCUUUAAUACAAGUUAUUGGAAACUGGUACAACUCAUUGCCCUCCCCUGUGGGCCUCGACUAAUUCAUCCCGAUAAUUUGUGUCCGAUUUUCAUUGCGCCCUUGACACGUGCACUGCUGACAAUUAACGGAACAUCGAAGUUUUCUCUCGGUACGCGCAAUUAGCGAUCACGCCCGAAUAUAUCCGUUAUUGCCAUUGAAGACCAAUUGUAAUCGAAUAUCUCUCGAUCAAUGUUCCGUCGACGUCUCAAGGGAGAUAGGAGAGACUUAGCGAAUUAAAAAGCGGCGAGGGAGGAACACCGCUUUUUAACCCUUUACUUUUAACUUUGGUUUUACUGUGAUAUCGCGUAUUAUCCUGACAAGAGUUCAAAGACCUCCAUUCGGAACUUGCGAGUUAGGCACGAUCAUGGCAAUAAAUAGUCUGCAGCACCGGAAUCCAAGCGGGAACGUCUCGUUAACGUCUGCUUUUGAUUUUCGUCUCUGUUGUUCUUCUUUUCUCUCUUCUAAUUAUUACUGAUAGUCGAUUAAGUUAAGGAUUAAGUUCCAGGAGUGUACCGACACUCCUGAUAAGACUCACCUAGUGUGAUUAUACACCAAAAGUCAGUGUAAUGCGACGUUUAAAUGCGCUUAACUAUCUGCAAGGAUUUAUAUGUUAUUUAUUUAUCGCCCCCUCUUUGAUCUUUCUAUACGCCUACUUAAGUUUCCCGCGCGCUUCUUCAAAGCUUCCGGAGCGUUACUUUUGUAUCGUAAUUGUAUUUAAAAUGCGAACAAAUCGUCCAGCGGACGUUUCAAUCGAAUAGCUCUCGAGGGAUCGAUCGAAUUGUUCGCGUAAUCGUCUCGAAGACAAUUUACGCAAUUAAAGGACACCUCGAAAUUGGCCGUCGUUGAUGCGUUGCGAAUUCUGUAUAUUCCUCCGACAUAACAACGCACAAACCCACAGAGUGAUGCGAUCGGUUAAGAACAAAGGAAAAAAAAAAAUUAAACGCGAGGACAAGAAACGACAAUUGGCAAAGGGCAAGGUCGUACUUAAUCGAGAAACUCUUUCGAGGGUGAGAAAUAAUCCAUUUCCGCAAACGUGAUCACGUGGCUUGUAAAUAGGAAUUUUCUUCGAGAGCGUCUAACCUGUAUAAAAAAAGAAAAGAAAAUAGGGAAUGGAUAACGUAAAGUUGCAACGAUAGUCUAGGACCUGAAGGCGACUACUCUCUGUACUGUACAUACGCGAAAUCGAAAUUCUAAAUGUCCUAGUCGUGACUAUACUUGAAGACUAUACCCGAGAGCGCAAUUACCAUUAGCCGUCGUUAUGUCCUACAAAAUCGUGUACCGCAUAAAACUCUCGCAAAAACCGGGAUCUCGAGGAUUCGACAGAGCGUGGAAUUAAUCCUGGCGAUUCGCUGUCGCUUAUCGCGUUGCCUUAUCAAGGGGCGAAAACGCGGGGGAAGAAAUAUAGAUCGCUCGCCACGUCGAAGUCCUCUGAGAUACUUUCUUUUUUUUUUCUUUUUUUUUUUUUUUAAUAAUUAAGUCCGGGGACUUAAUUUCUUUCUCCUCGUCCUCGAUAUUCUGUUAGCUCUAAGUAACGUAAUUUUUAACCAGGGAUUAGAUGUCCCUUAUCACGUCGCGAGAAAAGACAUUAGAAAAAGAGGUCCCUUCUCGCGAAUAUCGGUAGCAGACAUUUUUUUUUAAGCGGACCCUUCACGUUGAUAUAUUUUUAAAGGUCUCGCCAGGCGGGUAAAAGGGAUCUUUUUUUUUUUAACGCGACCCCUGAUUAUUGUUAAUAGCAACAAGACCAUGGGUAAGCCAUUAGCGGAGCAUUAACGAGCGAUUUCCGAUUUGCAUAUUGGGAUUUUAGCACAUUACAUGAGUGCUCUCUCGGCACUGGUUUUAAGGGGAGAGAGAGCACCGGUUUUAAGGAGAGAGUGAUAUUCUUGUACGUGCGCGAGUAUUUUUUCAUGAUCCUUGCGAGGACGGCUUUUUCCAUGUUCAAAGAAACCAACGACUAGCUUACGCGCUCUCUACAUUCCAUUCGCCAUCGAGAAUUCUUAAGGAACCCCUUAAAAACCCCAUAAAAAUCCCCAAAGUCCCAGAAUUUCCGCGUAAAAAAGUCAAAGUCGAGUACCACGUGGAAGAGUACCUCGAGGUACCUUCUGCCGACCUUGCAACUUCUUCGAAGUCUUUCGUCCCCUCGGCGAGCUAUACGUCGACCACUAAGCGCGAUCGCUCUUUACAGUAUAUUUUUUAAAACUAAGCCGCGUAAUCCUACUUCUAAGCUCGUCCUUAAGUGCACCUCCGACAUUCGUUCCCCUGUGCGUGUGCGUGUAUAUAUAUAUAUAAUAUAUAUAUAUACCUUUUUUCUAUGUUCAUUCACAGCGGCAAUGUCUAUUAUCCUAGUGUGUCGCUUCCGUAAAGAAACCGCGGCGACCGCCGGACAUUUUGUCGGCUCGUUUGUGUCCCGACAAUGAGUUUGUCCGAAUCUCUUGCUACAUGGCAAGGAACACGCCAUUCUAAACCUCUUUUUAGGAUAAUCCAAACUUUUGCGCCGCGUCCUGGAAUUUGUUAUCAGGGUGUACCGUAAACGGAGCUCGGUUGUAAAAUCCCCAAACGCGUCGACGGUAAUAAACAAAAGGUAGCGUUAAAGGAAACGCGAUAUCUGAAAUUAACUGGCGAUGUCUGUUGACUUUUGUCAAUUUUUUCCGGGACAAAUUGGUAAUUGGGAGACGAGCUCGAAAUGUCCGGCCUUUACCUCCGAACGUCUCUAAUUAUCCGCGACGUGCACUUUUGCACCGCUUUAGGAACACCAAUGCGAAUUCGAGACACCUACGUGUCCACGCUCCAUAUCGACGUUAAUACCGAUUAUACUUAAAAGUAAUGAACAAACGAUAUCACUUGUCGCCGUGAGAUUCCUACUUUUGCGCGGCGAGGAGGAAAUCAUGUCGUAGAUAAUUAAAAAAAAAAAAAAGAAAGAAGAAAAGAGAGAUUAAACGACUCGAUGUCUUAUCUUAGCGUAACCACUUUCUAGUCGAAUUGAUAUUGCGAGGGGGAUAAAUUUAUGUACAUCGCCGUUAAUUAUUGUACGCGUUAGCGCUCGUUUCUUGUCAAUUGGCGGUGUACGGACAAUUAUGCACUGUCCAUGGACCUUGUGUAAAUUAACGUCAGAGGGUCGGUGCAGCUCGUGCAAAACGCUGUACAUUAUUCUCGUGGACUUUCCUCGAGUCGACCUGGUCUAUAUACAAUAAACGAAUAAAUAAAUGAAUGACAGAUUAUAUUUAGCUUGCGAGAGUGAUAAGGGGAGGAAAGGCCGCGCCCGAGUUUAAGGGCGUCGCUUGAUGUAAAGAUCGCCAGGAUAUUAUCAAUUGUACCGUGUAAGUCAGCGUUACGAAUAUUAAUAAUAAAUGGUUCGUCUAUUA